GCCCUCGGUUGUUCGGUCAGAUGAGAUGCUGCUGGAAGCGCAACAGGCGAACGCACAUCGCGAACUCUCAACAACUACAAUGAGAACUUUUGGAAUGUAUUUUUAAAAGUCAAUCUUAACCAUUUACACUUUUUUUUAAAGAUAGCAUUGGAUUUCUUCUAUAAUCUGUGCCUGGAGAGAUGAUUUUAUCAUUAAAUAUGUAUCAUCUGAAAUUGAGAUCUGUAGUUGGGAUCUUGUGGUACUUGUUGAUUAUGUGUGAUUGCUACAAUCUGGAUGAGGACCAUCCCUUAGUUUUUAAUGGACCCAAUGGAUCUUUAUUCGGAUACUCGGUUCUGCUUCACCAGCAUGCUGAGAACACAUGGCUGAUAGUUGGAGCGCCUGUGGCUGAUUCCAGCUUUUAUCCCAAUACCAAAAAACCUGGAGCCAUCUACAACUGCAGUUUGUGGAGCUCACAAUGUGAGCAACUACCUUUUGGAGGUGUGCGGCAGUGUGGAAGACACUGUUUGGCAGAGAAUGAUAACCAGUGGCUGGGUGUGAGUCUGUCCCGGCAGCCCUCAAAAGGCCAUGUUUUGGCCUGUGGACAUCGGUGGAAGAAUGUCUUCUACUCGAGGAAAGACAGUCAGAACAAGCUGCCACAUGGUGUAUGCUUCAGGUUCAGCCCAGAUUUGAAACAAGCCAGUCAUAUUAUCCCCUGCUAUAAAGAUCAUCAGAGGAAGUUUGGCGAAGGCUAUGGAUCAUGCCAAGCUGGAAUUUCAAACCUUUUCACAGAGGAUUUGAUGAUCAUGGGAGCUCCUGGUACUUCAUACUGGACUGGAUCUGUUCUUGUCUAUAACACCACAAGCAACAUCUCAGCUGCUUAUGUGGAUGAUGACAUUGAAGUUCUCUAUGGCAGUUAUUUAGGUUAUGCCGUUGGUGCUGGCAACUUCCUACAUCCACACAGCACUGAGAUAGUGGGGGGUGCUCCCCAACAUGAACAGACUGGUAAAGCCUACAUAUUCAGGAUUGAGGGCAACACUUUGAAAAUUGUGAAUGAGACUAAAGGCAAGAAGUUGGGCUCUUAUUAUGGAGCAAGUGUUUGUGCUGUCGACCUGAACGCAGACGGACUGUCAGAUCUGCUGGUCGGGGCUCCUUUGUUCAGCUCACUGAGGGAGGAGGGACGUGUAUAUGUCUAUAUUAACCAAGGAGAGGCUAAAUUGAGAGAGGCAGAGUUUGAGUUAGUCGGCAGAGACUGCUGUGCAGCUCGAUUUGGAGAAACCAUUAUAAAUCUUGGCGACAUUGAUGAUGAUGGCUAUCCAGAUGUGGCCAUCGGAGCCCCUCAGGAGGACGAUUUGCGUGGUGCUAUAUAUAUCUACAAUGGAAGAAGAAGUGGUAUAGCACAGAGUUUCUCCCAAAGAAUAACAGGCUCUGUGUUAGGCAACAGCUUCAAGAUGUUUGGCCAGUCAGUGUCUGGAGGAGUUGAUAUCGAUAGCAACAAUUACCCAGAUGUUGCCGUGGGAGCAUUCCUGUCAGAUUCGGCUGUGGUGUUCAGAACGCGUCCAGUAGUGAAGGUGGAUGCUGUCGUGUUGUUGCCUGACAGUGUAAAUCGUUCUGUAGAGCUGUGCACUGAGAGCGGUCUGCCCGCUGUGUGCAUCAGUGUCAAGGUGUGCUUUAGAGUCGGUGGAAAACACAUACCAGGAAACAUAGAGUUGAAGUACAAUCUAACAGCUGAUGUUCACCACAAAGAGGCCUUCCCUUUUCGAUUUUAUUUCCAUGGAAAUGGUACAUCCAAUGUCACGGCGGGUGAAGUGAAGGCCAUGCAUGAACAACUCACCUGUGCCACCCAUCAGGCCUUUAUGAAGAGAGAUGUUCGUGAUAUCUACACACCGAUCCAUUUUGAGGUGAAAUAUGAACUGGCAGAGCACAGCGUGAUACAGGACUCAAAGGGUUUCCCUUCUCUCAAACCCAUCCUACAACAGAAGGACGAAAAGGACAAUGUCGUGAAGAACAAGACCAUGUUUGCCAGAUAUUGCACUUGGGAAAACUGCUCAACCAACCUUCAGGUUUCUGCUCAUCUGGUUUUGCCACAGUCAUACAUGAACAUGCGUUAUUUUGCUCUGGGGACUGGAAAAAGCAUCAUGUUAAACACCUCAUUGGUCAACACUGGAGAUGACGCUUUUCUUCCUAAAGUUCACCUGAGGUUCCCCAGCAACCUACAGUUCAUCAAAGUGCUAGAAGAGGAUAAAUAUGUAAGCUGUGAAAUCACAGAGGAAAAUAAAGUGGCCAUCGGUUUGGACUGCAACGUUGGAAAUUUAUAUAUCCCCUCUUUCUCCAAGGUCAACAUCACCUUUUUACUGGAUGUGAUGCAGAACAGCAGUGCGGGAGAACUUAAUAUCCACAUUAAUGCUACAAGUGAGAGCCAUGAAAACACAGAUCUUCGGCAUGACAACAUAGUCAUUCUGGCAUUGCCCUUUAAGUAUGCAAUUGAUCUCAGUGUCCAUGGGUUUGUCUCACCGACUUCAUUUGUAUUUGGAGAGCAGGAGUCGGUGCCGGUCGACUGUUAUUCCGAGAAGUUUAAUUAUACAUACAAGGUGAUGAAUAUGGGUCCAAGUAAAGCUAUUGAUGCCAAAGCUAAGAUUGCCUUGCCUCUGAUGCUAGUGCCGUACAAAUACCAAUUAAUAAGGAUUGCAGAUUUACAGACAACUCUUGGACAUUGCUUCCAGAUGAACAAUACAUUUCAGAUUAUUGAUGACUGUGACGUUCCAAAAGCUUCCUUUAUUCAGGAACUCGUGUUCUUCUUCUCCCCCAAAAGCAAACGCACAAUGUUCUGUGCCCCUGAAGAUAAGACUUGUAAGAUUGUGGAGUGUCACUUUGGUGAUUUAGAGGUCGGAAAGGAAGUGAGCAUCACUAUGGAGGUCGAGCUAAACCCCAGUGUUCUCCAACUAAGUCCAGGCAGACACACUGUAAUGACAAUACAUGGCACAAUUGACCUUAUUUCACCAGUGAGGGAUGCCAACACUAUCUUUCUACAGGAUGACAAUUCUGCUAGAGUUUUCUUAGAGGCUGUCUACAACCAGAAGCCUGUGGCAUCUGUGGGCAUUUUUAUGAUUGUGUCCAGUCUGAUUCUUGGGCUUAUCAUUUUAGCACUGCUUAUCAUUCCCCUCUGGAAGCUUGGAUUCUUUGAGAGGAAGUUGAAGAAGGAGAAGUUACAACGGGACAGUUGGAACUAUGUACCCAAGAAUGAGAGCGUGUCCUAAUACAGAAACUACCACCAAACAGAACUGAAGGAACAAACCAUGAAGGACUGCUGUUCUGUUGAUACCAAGAGCUGGACUCAUGUUAACCUACAGCCAUUAACCUUAAUGCCAUUCAUAACAAAGCGAACUCUAAGAGGCUUUAAUACAAAGACUGUCAAAAGAAUCAACAUUUUCAGCAGUAUGAAGCCAAUGCACUUUAGCUCUGUAGGUUAUAGAGUAUUGAACAUACAACAAGUACACACACUGAAACAUUCUUGGGUUGCAGCUCCAAGGGAAAAAAAAGACAUCAGAAUGUAAUGUUGCAACAGAUCAUUACGGCUCUGUUCCAAGGCCUUGGGCGCUUUCUAUGUAGGCUGCAUUUUAAGGUAUCAUAGGCAUGCUACUGCCGCUUAAAGACCGUUGACAACAAAUGCAUCCUUGUGGGGAAAAAAGCUAGACACAGCAUGAUAAAUAUAGCAAAACACAGGUGUCUCGAGACACAUUUUAACAGCUGAAGUUCUUUUUAACUUUACAGUGUCUAAAAACAGUCAGCUGUGAGUAAUAGUGAUAAGCACUUGCAGCACAUCAGAUAUAAAAUGGGGUGUCCACAAACUGUUGGUGCGGUGCGCCAGUCUCAUCCAGUGUACACAUCAUCCUUGGUUACAAUGAAAGUGAUUAGCUUGUGCAAGCAGGUGUAAACGAGGUGUAAAGAUUUUACAAAUGUUAUACAGUAGCAUGUGUCCAUUGUGGAGAAGGCAAUCUCAGAAUGCAUUAUUGCAUGCUUGGAGAGAAGAAAAUCCAUCCAAAAUUGUGUUGAAAUUUUUGGCUUCAAUACCGAAAAGCAAGGCUGUAAACACAUUUUCAGGAGUGGGAGGACCACAUGCAAUAAUUUAAAAAGAAACUUUUGAUAAACCCAGAGCGGUCCAUCACUAAUCUGAAUGGCAUCAAUGUAAAUUAAACAAUAGCAUCCCUGUCAAUGUAACGAUAAGUAAAAAUUUUCAAAGAAAUGAUAAAUAAGAAAUUUACUAUUUAACUCAAUAUUUGAGUUUCUUAUGUAUUUUUAUGCUAUGGAAGUGUAUCGCAUCAUUAGCUUGCCAACAUGCUAAUGUCAAACUCAUUGUGUGAGAAAGGUUUCCCAUGUGCUUUGCGCGAGGAACACUAUUUGUUGCUGCCUACUGUAUGUAUUGCACCCUAAAUUGGUCACCCUAAAAUGGUUCCAUUUCAGUUAGGAUGCUGCCUUAGACGGCAGUAGACAGCAAGUCAGCUCACUAGGUUUUGGAACAGAGCCGAAGUGUUAAUCACCGUUUUGACUAUGAUCACUGAACAUAUUGGCUAUUGGCCUGCUGUAAAGGAGAAAAUUGCACUGCUGUAGCUUUUCUUUGAUAACGUUGUGUCUGAAGAGACAGAGGUGACACAUAAUUUUUCUGGCACUUUCCGUCUCGGUUUCUGCCCCUUUCCAAAUCAGAACAUUGCUGUGAUCAAGGUUUUCACACCAUUGCAUUACAGUGGUAUCGGUUCUCAAUGCAAAAAAAGCAGGAAAUGACACAUAUUCACUCUUUUUCACUCCACCCAAACUCUUGCUGCUGAGUUCAAUAGUUUGAAGUUUGAACAGAGACACCAGAUGGAAGGAGUGUUUGCCGCGUGCUUUGGCUGAGUGCCAUAGAAACGGAGCAAAGGAAGCUGCUGUUCUGUGUCUGUAGUGUGCUACAGAAGAGUGAAGAGUGGCAUGUGUCUGGCUCCCAGCCAUUUCUUAAGUGUGUGUGAGUGUGUGUAUUCAUUUGUAUGACAGAGAACCCCCACCCUUACAUUCACUUUACAGUCAACUCUCACUCAUAUGCAGAACUCCGCAAAAACCCACGACAUUCACAAAGAAAUGUAAAUUUCCCACUCCUAGUAACCAUCAUUAAUCAUUUACGAGAUCUAUUGCAAAGACAAAAACAAGGAGAGAAUAAA